AGUUGCAACACACAUAGAGACACACACAGUUCUGCUCUUUAUUCUCCAGUAAAGAUGCUGCGGAAAGUCCGAGAUCAGGUCAAGAAACAUCCAGGACUAAUCCCACAGUUUUUCUUCAUCUGUCUGGGCAUGGGUGGAGCGUUCCUUUAUUUGUUUCGUCUUGCCAGAGGACCUCAUGUCACCUGGAACAAGACAAGCAACCCUGAGCCCUGGAAUAAGCUCAGUCCAAGCUACCAGUACAAGUUUGUGGCCAUUAACACAGACUACAAAAACCUGAAGAAGGAUGGACCAGACUUCUGAACAUGUCACGGAUGUUGCCUCAACUAUUUUCAAGAAGAUGCUGAGAUGUCCUUGUGCCUCACUAGUCUAAAUACACAAUAAUAAUAAUAA